AGCCUGCUUAAUCUGCUUGGGUACUGUAAUUGUGUCCAAAAAUGUAUUUCUUGAGCCACCAUUCAAAAACCUUCAGCUGUCAUAACCAUGCCACCCUGUCAUGAUGUGACAUUUCCCAUUUCCCAUGUGUUGUAAGUGAUACUUUUUUAAGCUGUGUCCAUUAGAUAUAUUUUUGUUUUUGUCUGGUCAACUGCACUCUGCAGGUUUCAUCUGUCGACUAUCUCGACUAUCCUCAAGCAAAACAAAAUGUUUGCAGCUCUAGGUGAUGUUCAGGUCAGUUAGCACCUGAUGCUUUAACCUUUUUUCUGCUCCAUGCCAUAUGUUCCAGGACCAGCACUAGUGUGUGGCUAUUGGUGAAUCCUUCAGCCUGUUUUGCCAUUGUCUGGAAACGUAGGUACUUUCUGGCCAGUUAUGUACGAGUGCGACGACGUGUUCACUCACUCAACCCACGAGCGGAUCAGCCGGCUGGCGCACGAGCCGGGUCCGCCUCUGGACUGUCACACGGCCGCCAGUCUGGGCGACGGCGAGCUGGUGCUGCAGACGGCGCGCGAGCGUCCCGGCCAGCUGGACCGGCCCAACCGCGCCGGCUGGACGCCGCUCAUGUACGCCUGCUACUACGGGCACGCGGCCGUGGUGCACUCGCUGCUGGCGUGCGGCGCCGACACGGCGGCCGCCGAGCCGCGCGGCCGCACCCCGCUGGCGCUCACCGCCUGCCGCGGACACGACGACGUGCUGCUCACGCUGCUCGGUCGCGGCGCCGACAUCGAGUGCCGCGACGCGCGCGACUGGACACCGCUGCACCUGGCUACAGACGCUGGUCACCGCGCUACCGUGGAGCUGCUGCUGGCGGAGGGCGCCAACGCCAACGCGCUGGACCGACAGCGCGGCUACACGCCGCUCCUGCUGGCCGCCGCCGCGGGCCACGAGCUGAUCGUGUUCGCUCUGAUCCGUCACGGUGCUAACGUGCAGCUGCGUCUGCCGAGCGGCGCCAGCGCGCGCGAACUGGCCGAGACCGGUGGCCACGAGCGCGUCAGCCAGCUGCUAGCAGAGUACGACGCCAGCGAGCCGCCGACGCCCACAGCGCGGCCCGCCGACGGCGCGGCGUUCGCGGCGCUGCGCCGAGACGCGCCGCCGGCCGGGGCAGCGGACAGCGGCCGGACGGCGGCUUCGUCCGAUCAGCAGCAGCAGCCGGCCGACCUGGCGGCUCUGCUGGCCACCGUCGGCCUGCAGAAGUACCAGCCAGUGCUGGAGCGACAGGAGGUCGACCUGCAGGUCUUCCUGGUCAUGACCGAUGACGACCUCAAGGAAGCCGGCAUCACGCUGCUCGGGCCGCGCCGCAAGAUGACCAGCGCCAUCGCGCGGUGGCACCGAAACGCGCCGCUCACGCCUGGCCCCGAGCGAGCGUACGCGGACCGCGUGGCACGAGCCGGCGAGGCCAGUGAGCGCCGUCUGCGCGAGCUGGAGCAGCGCCGCCAGAGCUGCGACUGGACCGUCAGUCAGGAGCGGCAGCUGCGCGCGCUCACGGAGGGGCUGCUGGUGGAGGAGCGCCGCCGUCUGGGCCGGCUGCAGGAGGGCUGCGCCGACCAGCUGCGGCUGGCCGCCGCGCUGGCGGCUGGGUUGGCGCGCCUGGGCGCCGCGCCGCCGACCGGGCCGCUGCCGGAGCCGGUCGCGCUCUGCCGGAGUCUGGAGGAGCCGACCGCCGGCCGGCAGCAGCUGCUGGACGGCUGCGCGCGGCUGGCGCUGCUGCAGCACCAGCUGACCGAACAGCUGCGCGACACCCUCAGCGGCAUCUCGGGCAGGAUGGAGCGGGCCACCAGCACCGGCUGACCGCAGCGACACCAGCGGCGACGUCACCAACCGACGGUGCGCGCUCUGACGGAUAGACGGUGCCUUACACGUGAGUUCCUACGUUGAUAGUGGUGACACUAGUCUGCUUUUUACUUAUUUUGCAAGCGUUUAACGAUCGAUACUGGUUCUAGUCAGUUUGAGAUCUCGUUUAUGGCCAAGUGACCAAGUUUUUCAUUAGAGGUAAAGUGGCAGAUCUUCGGAGGUUUUUUGCCCGUCUGCUCGGAUGGUUUUCAGACGAAGCUUCCUAGCUAUAACUCUUGCCUUUCAUUUCACUGAUCUCACUUGUGAUAGCACAGGACUACGCUGCAUGUGUGGCAGUAGUUGAAACUGGGUGCAUUUUUAGUGACAUGGUUAGUUCCAUUGUGCAAUUGAUGAUGACUUGUGGUUUUAUGAUGACAUUUGUCUUAUCGUGUCCGUUUGACGAUUGAGGUGCAGUCCAUACAAAGCGUGUUUUUACACAAUAAAUGAAGCCGAUAUGUUACGA